AUUUUCUACUAUACAAACAUUCAUUAUGGCAAGCGAAAAAGCAUGUUGCACUAUUCCUCCUGUUGUGUCCAACUAUCAAGCAAUUGGUGAGCUAGAAACCUUUGGUGAUCUCCCUGUUUAUCGUGUCGGCGAGAAAAGUGAGAAGGUUAUCAUGGUGAUCUAUGACGUUUUCGGUCUCCACAACAACACCAAGCAAUUCUGCGAUGUCCUCUCAAAGCACUCCGGAAAGCAAGUUAUCAUGCCUGAUUUCUUCAGAGGCAAGGUGCUCACCGAAGCUGACCUUGGUGAUCGUGCUGCCAUCAUGGAAUGGAUCGGCAGAGUCGGUAACUUUGAAGUGAUUUCUCCCCAAGUCGAACAAGUCAAGGACAAGCUUACCUCCGAAGGUGUGACUAGCAUGAGUGUUGUUGGUUUCUGCUGGGGAGCUAAGAUUGCUAUUCAACUCUCUGGCAACGAUAGCUACUACAAAUCUACUUGUUUGAUUCAUCCUUCUCGUCUCGAAGUCAAGGAUGCUGAAGCUGCCCUUGCUCCACUUUUGAUGAUCACUUCCAUUGAGGAGGCCAACUUGAGUGAAUUCAUGGAUGUCUUGUACAAGAAGCCUUUCGGUGAUAAAUGCAAGCACGUUCAUUUUGAUGAUGUGCAUCACGGCUUUGCUGCUGCUCGAGGUAACUGGGAGGAAGCUUUGCAUACUCUGCCUUGCUUAAAGUAAAUCAACUUACCUUGAGAAGUUUAGAUCGAUAACCACGUGCAAUUUUACCUACAUGGACAACAAUUACAUUUUUAUUGAACCAAAAAUGAAUGAUGUUAAAAAGCAUACCAUACUG